AUGGACGUGCUGGCACGGAAAGGCUACUACGAUGAGAUGACCAACACUUUCGAAGACAUCAAAGCCAAGCGCGAUGUUGUGGAGAAGGAGAUCACGGCUCUUCUCGAUGAGAAGGAAGAGGUUGAGAAACGAAUGAAGGAAGCGCAGGCCGAACUAGAAGCCGUCCAAGCAUCGAAUAAGGCCAGCCAGAAGGCCAAGCGGAAAACUGACCGCAUCCUUCGUCAGCUUGAGGCGGGCGGCUCAAUCGCGCGACAGGCGCUGAGGCGACUGCAGCUGAGCCGGAUGCCCCUGGCAGAGAGGGUCGCGAACGUACGCAAGGAUUUCCGGGAGGCUGCUUUGAGCAACAUCACGCCGAGCUCGCCCGUCUCUAGGCAGCGCGUCAAAGUGGACGACCUGCAGAUGAUCCUGCCGGCGACCGGCGAGGGAGGGGAGGACGGGGAGGAGGGCACAGAGGAAGUUGCGCUGGCCCUGCGCCGUUUCAUGCCCCAGGGGCUCAGCGAGCCACCAGUGAUCGUGUUCUUCCACGGAGAGAGCUACGUAGCUGGGGAUCUGGAUACACACGCUUGGAUGUGCGAAUCUCUGGCGGUUCUGUCCCGGGCUUCGGUGGUUUCGGUGGCGUACCGGCAGCCUCCAGAAGUUCGGUUUCCGGGAGCCUUCCAGGACUCCUUCGCAGCUGUCUGCUGGGUCGCCGAAGGUGGCCUCGGCUACUCGCCUCCCCUUUUGGCAGUUGCGGGCGACGCAGCUGGAGGAGGACUAGCUGCGGCGUGUGCCCUGCGGGCCGCGGUGGACGGACCCAGAAUAGCUUUGCAGGUGGGGCGGGAGCGGUGCACCUUCUGA